CCAACCUACGACUUGCGUAUUGAAGACGGGACGACGCCAUCUCUGCAUUCGAGGUUGCUGCAUCCUGUAUCAAUAUUUGCUUCCCAUUCCAAGCCAUGUGAAGUACUUACCUCGGCCCCACUGCACGCCGGUAUCAGUCUUUGUUACUAUCCCCGCCGCCUAAAUCAAGCUGCAAUCUCCGUUCAUGGCAGCUUUCGCGAUGCACUUACCGGUGAUUGGGGCCGGUAGGAUGCAAUGUGGUCCCAGAAACCUGACGCUGCAUGCGACGGCCUCCUCCGAAGCCAGCCGGAGCGGCGACAGUGGGUUCCCCUCGUUUCUGCCCAAAGAAGUUAACAAAAUCAAAGACCCGUGUGCUCGGACCCUGGCUCGGAGGAUCCAGAGGCUUCCUGUUCAGAUUGGAUGUUCCGAAAGUUGUAUCAUGAGUAGUUGUGUGAAGCCAAUAAGACAAGGUGAGACCAAUCCUGUGGUUCUUCUGCACUGUUUUGACAGCUCUUGUUUGGAAUGGAGAUGCACAUACCCUUUGCUUGAGGAGGCUGGUUUGGAGGUUUGGGCUGUCGAUGUUCUUGGAUGGGGUUUCUCUGAUUUAGAAACACGUCCACCAUGUAAUGCAGAAACAAAAAGAUAUCAUCUCUAUCAGCUUUGGAAGUCCCACAUUAAAAAGCCAAUGAUAUUGGUUGGACCAAGCCUUGGGGGUGCUGUUGCAAUUGAUUUUGCAGUCAAUUAUCCUGAAGCUGUGAAGCAGCUGGUUUUAAUUAAUGCAAGUGUAUAUGCAGAGGGCACAGGACCCCUAGCAAAGUUACCUAGAAUAAUGGCCUAUGCAGCGGUCUCAUUGUUGAAAAGCCUACCAGCACGACUGUAUGCAAGUGUUUUGUUCUUCUACGAUAUACCAUUAACUACAAGCUUGGAUUGGACAAAAGUCGGUCGAUUGCAUUGUUUGUUACCUUGGUGGGAAGAUGCUACUGUUAACUACAUGCUUAGUGGGGGCUACAAUGUUGUUGCUCAAAUAAAACAGGUAAAGCAGAAAGCUCUUGUUAUCUGGGGAGAACAGGACAACAUUGUCAGCAGUAAGCUUGCCAUUAGACUGCACAGCGAGCUACCCAAUUCAAUUAUUCGACAAGUACCAGAUUGCGGGCAUUUCCCUCAACUAGAGAAACCCAGUGCUGUUGCAAAGUUGAUCAUUGAUUUUGCUCGAUCCGGUGGCUGCUAGGACUUUUUUACUUGUGUUGGACUUGAUUUUGCUUUCUGCAAUAUGAAUGUCUCAUGAAGCUUGCAUGUAGAUGGAUUCCAUGGCUGGUCUUUUCAAGAGCUUGGUUCUUGCUUCUGACAAUUUAGACACAGAAGAAGAACGGAAAAGAUAAGCCUUGUGAUGUAGGAUGUUAAAAGAGUGAGCAGCUAGUGCUGGUCUGUUCUUGGCAGAUCAAGUGUACAUAAAAUGGUAAAUAUGAUGUGGCCUUGACUUCGAUAUUGUGGCAGCUUUUUAUUUUUGUUUUUGAUGUUGUUUCUAUUUUCUUUAAUGGUUUCUGCCUCUACAUUUG